AUGUCACAAGGUAAAGAUGGCUGUCAGUACUUGCGUAAGAUGGCUUGCAAAAGGGUGAACACAACUGCAACAGCACGAUUAAAACAAGAUUACUUGAGAAUUAUGAAGGACCCUGUACCCUACGUGAAGGCUGUACCCCUCCCUUCAAAUAUUUUGGAAUGGCAUUACACAGUUUUAGGACCUGAAAAUUCUCCCUAUGAAGGUGGCAUGUACCAUGGCAAAUUGGUUUUCCCUCGAGAAUAUCCUUUCAAGCCACCAAGUAUCUACAUGCUGACCCCCAGUGGAAGAUUCAAGUGUAAUACAAAGUUAUGCCUGUCAAUUAGUGAUUUCCACCCAGACACAUGGAACCCUGCCUGGUCUGUAUCAACUAUCCUCACAGGCCUUCUAAGUUUUAUGUUGGAGAAAAGUCCGACUCUGGGAAGUCUUGAAACUUCAGACUACACUAAACGACAGUUGGCUGCCCAAAGUAAGCAGUUUAACCUCCAGAACAAGACAUAUUGUGAUCUUUUCCCAGAAAUUGUUGAGAGUAUCCGACAGGAGGAAUUACAGAAAAAUUCAUCUAAUGCCUUGACCAGUGGUCAACAAAGCACCAAUCAACUCCCUAUAGCGACCAAUUACCGAUAUUGUGGCUUCUUCAGCUGUGCAGUCACCAACAUUUUUGUUGUUGUUGUAUUUGCAGCAUUUGUCUACAUGACCAGUACACAGCUGAAAUAUAACAUCCUCCCUACCGAAAUCUAUCUAUCUAUCUAUCUAUCUAUCUAUCUAUCUAUCUAUCUAUCUAUCUCAGUCUGCUCAUUAUCUAUCUAUCUAUCUAUCUAUCUAUCUAUCUAUCUAUCUAUCUAUCUCAGUCUGCUCAUUAUCUAUCUAUCUAUCUAUCUAUCUAUCUAUCUAUCUAUCUAUCUAUCUAUCUAUCUAGUCUUAUCUUAUCAUCUAUCUAUCUAUCUAUCUAUCUAUCUAUCUAUCUAUCUAUAUUGCAUCCUCCCUCUUCGAAAAGAGGAGCUAACUCCGACAUAUAUCUAUCUAUCUAUCUAUCUAUCUAUCUAUCUAUCUAUCUAUCUAUCUAUCUAUAUACAACAAUUCGAAUAUUUUUCAUCAUAUUUUUCACAGCCUCCUCACGACUUACAAUCUUGGCGGGCGCCGACAGGACCGCAUGUUCGUAAACGGCCGCCCUAUCUUAACAACACAAAGAAAAAGACGUCAUAUUUAUGGUCCCUCAAAUUUGAAGAAAAACUAAUCUCUCUUUCAUUAAAGCCUUUCUUCUCUCUUUUAUUCCUUCUUCCUCCCCUUCAUUUAUCCCUCCAUACUUUCACUCCUUUGUUGUCUUAG